GUGCGUUCAUUUUGCACUCGGCCCAAAAUGGCGCUUUAUACUCAAAAUAUCUGAGCUGUAUUCUUGUAUCAUGUGCCGUGUUUCUUAACGUAGAGGAAUUUCAAUAGCGGUAACCGUUGCGGUUUGACUCCUGUGUGUGUCCGGUGUGUGUGUAUGUGCGCUCUUGUAUCUCUGUUCGGCUCUCUAUCCCGUGAGCAAACUUCGAAGAUGAAUCGGUCGGGAAAACUCCGUGUUGCUGUAGUUGGAGCAGGGGCAGCGGGAUUAUGUGCAGCUCGUCACAUCCUGUCUCGAGCCGAUACGCUCGAGCCGCCCGUGGUGUUCGAGCAGAGCGCGCGCGUGGGAGGCACGUGGUACUACGAGGAGCGCGUGGGCACUUCUGACGAUGGCCGGCCGAUCCACAGCAGCAUGUACAGAGACCUCAGAACCAACCUGCCUAAAGAGGUCAUGAUGUUUCCUGAUUUUCCCUUUGACUCCCACUUGCCCUCUUUUCUGACCCACUGGGAUGUUCAGCAGUAUUUAGAGACAUACUGCAAGAGUCAUGACAUCACGCCACACAUUAAGUUCAACACUAUGGUGGAAGAGGUGAAACCCAUCUCCAUGGAGACAGAUAAAGGGGGGGCCGUGAGGUGGGAGGUAAUUUCGCGUGGCAUGCACGGAGGACAUAGCACACAGACAUUCGACUCUGUGUUCAUCUGCAGUGGUCAUUACUCUGUGCCCCAUUUGCCCUCCAUUCCGGGAAUAGAGCAUUUUAAAGGAAAGGUGAUGCACAGCCACUCUUAUCGCUGCCCAGAACCUUUUGCCCAUCAAUCUGUGGUGGUCUUGGGUGCUGGAGCAUCUGGGGUUGACAUCUCGUUUGAGCUGGCUCAAGCUAAAGCCCAGGUGAUUCUUAGCCAUACUAAGACAGCCCUGCCAUUUUCUUUGCCCCUGGAAAUCCAGCAGGCACCUCCUGUAGUGAAGGUGCUGGACAAUGGCUCUCUGUUCUUUCAGGAUGGUUCAGUGGCCCAUGCUCAAGUUCUUCUGCUUUGCACUGGAUACAAUUACCACUUCCCAUUCCUUUGCCCGAAACAGCUUGGCCUGGAGGUGCAGCACCACCUAGUGGCUCCUCUUUACAAGUACCUGGUGCUUCCAGCCUUUCCCUCACUCUUUUUUAUAGGUAUUUGCAAAAACAUCUGCCCUUUUCUUCACUUCCAUUAUCAGAUCCAGUUUGCACUUGCAGUUCUUGAUGGCACUGUGCAGUUGCCCUCACACGAGUUGAUGGACGAGGAUGCAGAGAGAGAGAGGCAAAGAAAGACACAGAUGGGUGUUCAGGUGAAACAUCUCCUGCAAAUGGACUCUGAUCAGUGGCAUUACUAUGUGAGUCUGGCAACAGCAGCAGGGUUGCCACCUCCAAAUCCAGUUAUACAGAGUCUCUAUGAGGAAGUAGGGAGACAACGACGGGCAAACCCUCAAGCCUACAGAGAAAUUAACUACAGACUGGUUAAUGCCACUGAGUGGCAGCUUCUCAAUGCACCAUCUGAACAAACAGAUAAUAUUUAGUUAGAUAUGUUUAGUAGCAAUAAAUCAAGGCAAACACACUUUUCACCAGUCUUUCGAAGCACUCCAUCACUUGCAAUCAAAUCAAUUCUUCAUCUGAUUCAUCUGAACUGAUUUAACAGAACUGUUUAUUGCCAUAUGCAAUAACUUAUUUCCCAAUUAGUAUGAAUUGUAGAAUUAAUACCCUUUGAUUGAUGCAAAAAAACAAACAUGCCUAGGGCCCCUGAAUGUUCACAAAAGACUGAAUCUUUUCAGAAAGAUGGCAAAAUAUUUUUAAGUUUGCAUUUCAUAAUUAUACAUUACAUUAUAAGUUCAGUCAUCUUGAUUUAAUAUUUUUAGAAAUUCAAGACUAGAACUACCAAAAAUCUUCACAGACAUUAAAAGACCAAGAGAAUGUGAUACCUGUGAUACCUUUUCACUAUUACACACUAUCAGAUUAAUCUGUUAGAGGUGCUGUGUUUAUGAAGGACAUUUUGUAACACUAAACCAAUCUGUAGCAUUCUGAAAUUAUUCUGAAGAUAUAAAGUAUAGUAUAUAGUAUAAAGUAUAAGAAAUGUCUCUAUGGAUAUCCUAUAACAAUAAAGAUAGUAUGCCAAAUAUAAAAUGUUUUACUGACAUAAAUGAGUAGAAUUUUAUGAAUAUUCAGGUAUUUUGGGACAUCAGGUUAAUAAAAUAGCAGCAUUUGUUUUCUGCCUUGUAAGUGAAAGUGAACUUAUGUUACUAAGCCCUUGCUGUGGUACUGCCUGAUAGAAGUAGCAUAAUUCCUGUGGCAUCAUAUAUAAGGGAGUGUGGUCAGCAUCAAACAAGAAGUUGACCCCAAAAAGCUUAAGGUAGGAACAUAUGCAGGAACAUAGGCUUUGGCUACAUGUUCUUAUAAGGUUAUAAAAUUGUCAUGACUAAUAUAUUACACGUAUUUAUGAUGCAUGUAUGAAUAAAAAAUAACCAUAAAGUUCGUUCAAAUCAUGUACAUAUGUUUAUAGUUUAAUCAUUUUCAAGAUGACUAAUAGGAUGACCAAGCAUAGAUAAUUGGGAGAGUUUUCCAAAGACAAAAGUAUGCAGAGGUUUUUUACUUAGGGCACAGUGUUAAUUUAGUUUUAGAGAAUGAUGUCAAUUAUUUUUUUUUUAAUGCUGCUACUGCAAGAAAUGCAUUAUAAAAUGUCGCUUACCUUUAAGUGGUUUUCCACUGUCAUUUUUACUUACUCUGUUCAUACUGAAUUUUAGAAAAGAUCAGUUAUGAAUUUGGAAAAUGUUGGUAUUAAUGCAGGAAAUGAAUUGUAGAAAAAUUACUUUGGCCAACAUGUUAAUAUGUAGUCAUUUUUACUUAGUCUUCUGUGCAAAUUCAGAGUACAAAUAAAGAAUAUGUUGAUGAUAAAUCUGGAGAUUUUUUCCCAAAUCCUUGUAUUGAAAUAUGAUUUAUUCAUGUCAUGAAGAAUGCUAGAAGUAAAUUAAAAUUCCCAUGCUAUCCCAAA